ACAAAGAUCAAUCCAUGGUGACGUCACUGCAUACGCAAAUCCAACUACCGGAUCAUGUAAAUUUAGGUAAAUAUAAGUGAUUAAACUGAAAAUUAGCCACUGGCUGACAAUUUGUAGAUCGCUGAAGAUGGUACAGUCAGGUGAAAAUGACGUCGGUGCGAACCCUGUUGCUUAAUUUUGAUUUUGGCUUCUUGUGCUGAUGUAUGCCGUGUGUUUGUUUUUGAUAACCGUAAGUGUCGCGGUGUGUGUGAAUGGAGGGCAGUUUAUUUUUCUACGGAGGGUAUAAUCGGUUCUCGGUGACUGACGAAUCACUACCAAACAGAACAUCAACAUAGAAUAAAAAAAAAAAUGCAACCGCCCCAUACGGCCAUACUUUACUGUAGCCUCCAGUAAGCCGUUUGACUUUCAGCUCCGCGGUCACCUCACCACCACCUCAUGCACUGUGGGUCCCGCAACAUGCCUACAAAUGCAGAAGCUGACCUCCGCGCCCCGGCAUAGCGUCGUAGUCCUAGUCACCGCGUUCGCUUCCCGAGCACGCAACCAUGGCUCGACUGUCAGCCACCGCCGCGCUCCUCCUCCUCGUCCUCUCCCUCCUCGCCGUCGCGCACUGCGGUGCCCUCGCAGUCGCAGCAGAGCACGACACCGAGCCCGAAUCAACCGCCGCCGUGGCCGUCAGCGACGACAACGUGCUAUCCGACCCCACGGUCCACGCUGAGGCGGGCACCGCCAGCGCCACUGAAGAGGAGGCCAUCCCGGCGGAGCAGCAGCAGCAUGGGUUCGAACUCCUCCGCCUGCCUUCUCACCGGCUCCACCACCACCACCACCUCUGGUUGAAACGCCACCACGGGAUCUACCGUGACGCGUCGCACAAGUUCCCUUGUUCUGGCCACGGCGCGAGGCGCGAGCAGGCAGUGAGCCACCUUGCCAUCUUGCCCGCAUCCGCAGAGGUGGCCAGGGAGGCGGGGGAGGAGAUGCCCGUGGCCGAGCCGGACCCGGAUCGCUCUCUCCCGGACAGCGACGGAGAGGGGGAGGUGGCUAUUACAAGCGAGCAGCCGUCGCCGUUCGCCGACGCCGACGGGCACGACGACGAGAGCGCGGCGGCAGUCAGGGCGUGGAAGCACGAGAUGCUGCGGAGGUGGUUCCGCUUCCACUUCCACCACGACAUGCGCCGCCACCGUCUCCACCACGUCCAACACGAGGAGGAGGAGGAGGAGGCUACCACCGCCCCACAGACGACAGAGAGCAUGGGCAUGAAGCGGCACCGGUUCCACUUCCACCACCACCACGACGAGGACGAGGAGAAGAAUAUGGCGGCGAGGAAGCGGCUCCGCCACGCUGAUGAGCACGACGAGGACAGCGACGACGAGGAGGAUGAGCAAAUGGAAGAGAUGGUCCGGCGGUUCAGGAAGGCGAUCAUGAGGAGGAGAUUCGGCCACGGCCACGGCCAUGGACGCCGUUCCCGCUUCUUCCACCACAUCGUCCACCGCCACGCCGAGGAGGCCAAGAAGCAGGCAGAUGUUGAAGAAGAGGAGAGCGGUGUCCUGGCCUGGAUCAAGGGCCUCAUGAACCGGUUCUAGAGCUGCCUCAUUCGAGCGAUCCGUCCACUCACAGUCACAGCCAUGGCUGCUUGCCUUUUUACUAUGAGAACGUAUCUUGUGCGCAAGGAGCGUUGGUGCUCCCAUGAGCAAAAUCAAUCCAGACCACAUCCUCCACAUCCAACGGUGUUGUGUCAGGGGGGUUUUGUAAAAUGUUCUUUGCAACUCUGUACAUUUUACAAAAACCCCCUGACGCAACACCGUUGGAUGUGGAGGGUGUGGUCUGGAUUGAUUUUGCUCAUGGGAGCAGCAGAGCUCCUUGCUCAUAAGAUACGGUGUCUUUUACUAUUUGCCAUCGGCCAUCCCGCGUGCAUACUGCAGUGUCUUGGCACGGCUGAAUUUACUUGGUGUUAUUAGUGUGUUUCUAUCCACGGUGUGUCGUCUUAUAUACGCACUUGUAUUGCUAAGGGCUAGUUUGAGAGUCAUAAAACCGAAGGGGAUUGUAGGAGCACAAAUACUUUUCUUAUUAAUUUUAAAUAAGAAGGGGAUUUUCUUCACUCCAAUUUCCUCCGGUAUUUUAGCUCCCAAACUGCUAGCCCUAAGAGUUCCAAAACCAUCUCCUCUCAACUCUGAUGCUAGAUGUUUGUUUUGCCUGCCA